AUGUGGAUGCAGGUAUUUGCAAUGCCGGAAGCAGUACUCAGACUAUUUCCGGAUGUGGGUGCAUCUCAUUUCCUAUCCAAACUUCCCGAUUACUUUGGUGAAUAUAUAGGACUAACCGGAGCACGAGUGGAUGGAGCAACAAUGGUUACAUGUGGCCUUGCAACUCAUUUUGUCUUUUCAAAGGAUUUUCCUCUUUUAGAACGCGCUCUUUCUUCGGUGGAUUCAUCAAACGCAUCAGAUAUUUUAUCCGUCAUCAACAAAUAUGCGCAGAAAUCCAAUAGAAAAGAGGAAGAACUCCACAAAAGAUUGAAGAGUAUAAACAGAUGUUUCUCAAGACAAACUGUGGAGGGCAUCUUACAUUCUCUUGAAAAGGAGUUGCUCGAUAACUCGGCAGAGAAAUGGAUCACCGAUGCGGUGAGCGACAUGAAGUCUGCUAGUCCGACCAGCCUUAAGAUUUUUCUGAGAUCGAUAAGAGAAGGACGUGGUCAAACGAUUGAACAAUGUCUAGCUCAUCGUGAGUACACCAUCUUUUGCAACAUCGUGCGAAGGAAGAUCACUAAUGACUACUACGAGGGCUCAAGGGCAAUUUUCUUCGACAAAGACAAAAAGCCCAAGGUGCAAACAUAGAUGCUUCAGACAUCUUUGUCAUUUUUUUUAUUUUUCAUGUCCAAACCUUUUGAUUGGUACUUGGCUUCAUCUAUCA